CUGUCUCUCAACUAUCCACGCUGCACGAUUACCAUUCCAACGUUCAUCUCUUUUCUCGCCCAACCCUUCGAGUUUUUUUCUCGUUAAUUUACCACAUACAACUUAUUUCAAAAUGACUGGCGGCGGCAAAUCUGGUGGCAAGGCCUCUGGCUCCAAGAACUCCCAGUCCCGUUCUUCCAAGGCGGGUCUUGCUUUCCCCGUUGGUCGUGUCCACCGUCUUCUGCGAAAGGGCAACUACGCUCAGCGUGUCGGUGCCGGUGCUCCCGUCUACCUGGCCGCUGUCCUCGAGUACCUCGCUGCCGAAAUUCUCGAGCUGGCUGGCAACGCCGCUCGCGACAACAAGAAGACCCGUAUCAUCCCCCGUCACCUUCAGCUCGCCAUCCGAAACGAUGAGGAGUUGAACAAGCUGCUGGGACACGUCACCAUCGCACAGGGUGGUGUUCUGCCCAACAUUCACCAGAACCUGCUCCCCAAGAAGACAUCGGGUAAGGCUGGCAAGGGCUCCAGCCAAGAAUUGUAAUUUCUGCCUGUCGUUUUUGCUGCUUUCUUUCGAGGUCGUUUUGGUUGUCAUAAAGGGGUCCAGGGAUAAGGUUUUCGGUUGCUUUUGUACGUCUGGGUUGUACAUUAAUCCCCCACGGCUAUGAUCAAUGAAUCAAUUAGGGUUUUUUCGAUGCACUUCAAAAUCAUUUAACCAUUUAUUUUACAUACUGUUCCAAC